AUGGUGGCUGUGGUGAUAGGCACUCAAUGUGUGGCACUCCUCACCAUAGUCGUCAUCCUCGUUCCAUACCUGAAGGGGGUGCGAGAGAGAUUACGGAAGAAGAGGCAGAAAGAGGAAGCAAAAAAACAAGCAGCUGCGAAAAAGAAACAGGCAAUGCCAACAGAUUCAAAAGAGGGCGGAUCAAAAGAAAAAAGUGACGAAAAGUCGCUGAAGAAACUGAAGCCAAAAGGUUCUGUGGAGAAAAUCGCUUCUAAAUCAGGAAGUUUGGAGCAAGUUCAAGGGCUCGAAAGAAUAGAACCGAUUCCAGUUAUCAAGAAGCAACCAUUAAAAAAACAAUACGUUCUAACAGUAACUACCGAUCUGCUUGUUUAG